GCAGCAGCAGCAGACGCGUCAUCGCCACAACAACAAGAGCACCACCACCACCACCACCAUCAGCAGCACCAGCACCACCGCGGCACCAGGACAGACAGCGGCAGAGGAGCAGCCCGAACCCCUCCCCGAACCCUCCGAAGCCUCCGUGCCCGGGCGCACUCAGUCUGACAUGGAGCCCUGAGGAGAUCUGAGGAGACCCGCUGGAGACCAUGUCCUCGUUCCAGGUGGUGGACUCCUCCCCGGGCAGCAGCGUCAGCAUCAUGGAGACCUCCAACUUCGCCCACGUCAUCUUCCAGAACGUGGGCAAGAGCUUCCUGCCCCAAGCCCCCCUGGAGUGCCACUACACCCUGACGCCCUACAUCGCCCCCCACCCCAAAGACUGGGUGGGCAUCUUCAAGGUUGGAUGGAGCACAGCGAGGGACUACUACACCUUCCUGUGGAGCCCGAUGCCUGAGAACUACGAGUCGGGGAGCACGGUGCACCGGACUGUGGUGUUCCAAGGUUAUUACGUCCCAAAGUCAGACGGCGAGUUCUAUCAGUUCUGUUACGUGACUCACUCCGGGGACAUCCGCGGGGCCAGCACUCCGUUCCAGUUCAGAGCGGCGACGCCCACGGAGGAGCUGCUGACCGUCACCGAGGACGAAUCCAACUCGGACAUCCUGGUGGUCAGCACCAAGACCGGCCUCCUCCAGAGGGUGGAGGAGGCGCAGCAGGAGCGCCGGGAGCUCCUGAAGACCAUGCGUCUGCUGCAGGAGGACAAACAGCAGCUGCAGGAGGAGCACAGACGUCUGGCCCAAGAGAGAGACCACGAGAGGGACACCUGCGCUCUGCUCCGGACGCACAACCAGGAGCUGUUGCGUUCGUCCCAGAGCCUGUCGGAGGAGAGGGAGGAGGUGCGGCGGCGGCUGAGCGAGGCCACGGAGCGGGUGAGGCAGCUGGAGGAGGAUCUGCUCGGAGUCACCCAGAGAGGCCUGCAGAAGGAGACCGAGCUGCACUGUCUGCGUGAGCGUCUGAAGAAGCUGACAGGAGAGAGGGACAGUCUGGAGAGCCAACUGAAGAAUGAGAAGGACGAAAGAGACCUGUAUAAAGCUCACCUGCGCAGCACGGAGCUGGAGAACACGAAGCUGAGUGCGGAGCUGCAGAUGCUGAAGGCCGUGGAGCUGAACAGGGAGGUGACCAUCGCUCAGUUCCAGGAGGAGCUGGAGCGGCUGCGUCUGUGUGUGGCUCAGAGGGACGGGCUGGAGAAGGAGCUGCUGCAGCACAAGACGGAUAAGGCUGAGCUGUCCCGCGUGAGGGAGCAGCUCCGUCAGGCUGAGGAGCAGCUGCAGGCCUCCAGGCAGCAGGCGUCUCUUCUGGCCUCGGAGCUGAGAGACUCGGCCAGCGCCCGGGACCACUCCAUGACCGAACUGUACCGGGCCAGAGUAGAGGCGGACAAGCUCAGAGCGAGUCUGUCUGAAGCACAGGCCGAGUGCCAGCGCAUCGAGAGCCAGCUGGACCGUCUGAGGAGCAGUGUACACACACAGACACUGGCUGUGGGGCCCAGCGGAGAGGCCCUCCCCAGUAUCCUGGUGGUGUCAGAGGCAGAGGUGGAGCUGCAGAGGGAAGUGGAGGAGCUGAAGCUGCGCCUGCACAUGGCUGCAGAACACUACAAGGAGAAGUACAGGGAGUGUCAGAGGCUGCGCCGACAGGUGGCCAAACUCAACAGCAGCCCAGAGGCCCAGGGGGAGCCAAAGAGAAACGUGUCCACAGAGACGACACAGGGGCCCCUCACCUCCAGCCCAGAGUCUCCCACAGCAGGGAACAUAGAAAGUGCAAUCCUUCAAGACGCUAUGACAAUCAACCCUGAAGAAAACACAGGGACGUGCGCUCUCAUUGAACCCCUCAUCUGCCCCGAGAGUGACGGAGACCUGCAGGGCGGCGCUGUGGGGGAAAAGGACCAGACCGAGAUCCCCGGGGACCUCAAACAGGAGCUCCAAGAUGCCCAAGGAGAAGACGAGCUCACGGAGACGGUGCACAGCCUUCCACUGGGCAGCUGGGUGCAGGUGGACACGAAGGGGGAGACACGGAGCGGCGGGGAGGACGGGGCGGCGGACGGGGACAGCGACGGAGGAGACGGACAAGAGGAGACCGACUCUGAAGACGAGGACACGGACUCAGAGGAGGAGACGGAGACGAGCCCCACGGCGGAAGAAGCCAGCCCCACCGCCGAGGAGGAGGAGAAGGAGAUGGGUCCCAAGGUGGAGGAGAAGGAAAAGGAGGAGAUGAGACUCACAGCGGAGGAGAAGAAGGAGGAGGUGGAGGAGAAGAAGGAGGAGGCGAGGCCCACAGUGGAGGAGGAGGAGAAGGAGGAGAGCAGGCCUUCGGUGGAGGAGGAGCUGGCCCUGAUGGAGCAGAAGUGGAAGGAGCAGUGCGCCAUAAACGAGACGCUCAAGCAGAGACUGGCCAAUGAGGAGGAGCGAUUCAGGAUGCAGAUGGCGGAGCGGGCGUGUGAAGUGGCAGACCUCAAACGCAGCCUGGCCCUGGCGCUCAGAGACAAAGAGCAGCUCCUCGAGGAGCUGCAGAGGUACGUGUGCAGACAGCGGGAGCAGGAGACCCGGGCGCAGGGUUCAGACGUCAGACAGACCAUGGUCCUCAGAUACCCGCUGCCGUACCCCCAGGAGCCCUGCCCGCCCCCCCUGGUGCCGCAGCAGCCGCCCGAGCUGAGGUUUGGAAACCCCUACUCCAGCGACACCAAAGAGUGUGUUGACGCUGCCGUGUCUCCGGACCUCCUGCCCCUCCCGCCUCCGGAGGGCGUGUCCGUCCCUCAGCCCUGUGCCCCGCCCCUUCCCCCCUCUAGCCCCGCCCCCAGCACCUCCCCGUCCGGCGCGUCCCCCGGAGCUCCAGGCUGGGCCCAGGAGGUGGUGUGCAUCCAGCCCAGCCGCAGCACCAGCCCCCCGGACAGCGCCGAGCAUCCUCCAGCGAGCACGGAGGCUGAAGCGUCGUCAGAGCAGCGCACAGACGCCAGGACGACGUCCUUCUGCUUUGACUCCAGCGGCGGCGGCGGCGAGGCCCAUCGGCGCUGUCCUCUCUGCGAGCUCAUCUUCCCUCCGCACUUUGAGCAGAGGAGCUUCGAGCAGCACGUGGAGAGUCACUGGAAGAUCUGCCCCGUCUGCUCCGAGCAUUUCCCCCUGCACUGUCAGCAGCAGCAGUUCGAGAGACACGUCCUCACGCACUUCGACGGACACGUGCUCAACUUCCACCAGACGGACUGAAGCGCCGCUCUGUCUGCACCCACUGAAGCAUCCUACUACCCCUACUGUGUCCAGCCCGAAGCUCAUCGACUGAAGCUCAACCUCUGAAGCUCACCCUCUAAAGCUCACUCUCUGAAGCUCAGCCACCAAAACACAACCACUGAAGCUCACCCAAUGAAGCAUCCUACUCCCCUACUGUGUCCAGGCCGAAGCUCAUCUACUGAAGCUCACCCACUGAAGCUCUCCCAAUGAAGCAUCCUACUCCCCUACUGUGUCCAGCCCAAAGCUCAUCUACUGAAGCUUAACCACUGAAGCUCACCCUCUAAAGCAUCCUACUCCCCUACUAUGUCCAGCCCAAAGCUCACCCUCUGAAACUCACCCUCUGAAGCUCCCCCACUGAAGCUCACUUUCUGAAGCUCAGCCACCAAAACACAACCACUGAAGCUCUCCCACUGAAGCUCACCCAAUGAAGCAUCCUACCCCCCUACUGUGUCCAGCCCGGAGCUCAUCGACUGAAUCUCACCCACCGAAACUCAACCUCUGAAGAUCAACCACUGAAGCUCACCCUCUGAAGUUCACCCUCGGAAGUUCACCCUCUGAACCUCAUCCACUGAAUCUCACCCACUGAAGCAUCCUACUCCCCUACUGUGUCCAGGCCAAAGCUCAUCUACCGAAGCUCACCCUACUGAAACUCACCCUCUGAAGCUCACCCUCUGAAGCUCACCCUCUGAAGCAUCCUACUCCCCUACUGUGUCCAGGUCGAAGUUCACCCACUGGUCUCACCCUCUGAAGCUCACCCACUUGUCUCACCCUACUGAAGCAUCCUACUCCCCUACUGUGUCCCGCCCAAAGCUCAUCUACCGAAGCUCACUCUCUGAAACUCAACCACCAAAGCUCACCCAUUUAAGCUCACCCACUGGUCUCACCCACUGGUCUCACCCACAAAGCUCACCUUCUGAAGCUCACCUUCUGAAGCUCACCUGCUGAAGCUCACCCUCUGAAGCUCACCCUCUGAAGCUCCCAGAGUCCAGACCAUAGACUGUAUAUAAUAUAUGUGGACUGCACUCAUCACAUUCAGCUCCAGUCAAAUGAAGCUCACGAGGUCGGCAGUUUCAGGAGCGAAUUUUCAAUAUAUAAGAGAUAGGAAAAGAUUAACGGACAAAACUGCACAAAUCAAAACACCAGGAUCACAUAGAGCGAGUUCAUCUGAACGUUUUAAGACCAAAAUACCGAAGCUCAGAGCAGCAGGAACAGAGAGAGAGCGGCGAUAAAAUUUCAGUUUCGAUUAAAAUCAACUGGAAACAUUUCUAUAAACAGUCUAUGGUCCAGACCGACUGAAGCCCCCUGCUCCUCCUCCUCCUCCUCCUCCUGUGUCCAGCCUCCGCUCACAUAAGGAGACACAGUUAAAAGUCUUUUGAAAUAUACUUGUACCUGAUUGGGCUCUGCGACUCUGGCUCCCUCUGCUGGCAACAACGGGAAGUGGAGAAUUUCGAGAUGGUAAAUUAGCAGCGAGGCGAUUCUCAAACAGGCUCUGAGCUGCCACGUUUACAUGAGAGCUUUAAUUCUGAAUAAAAAUAAAUUUUGUUUAAAAACGUAAACACUUAAUUCGUAAUGAAAAAGAUUAUUAGUAAGUGGAUGGUUUUUUCCGAUUUUAAAGACGGAUUAAUUUAUUCCUCAAUCAUGUAACUGUAUUUUUUGGACUAUAAGUCGCACCAGCCAAAAAAUGCGUAAUGAAGAAGAACAAAAACAUCUAUAAGUGGCACUUUGUGGGGGAAAUUUACUUUAUAAAAUCAGAGAACAGGAACCGACGUUUCCUGUUGAAAGUCAAGUUGUAGUAAAAACACUAGAAGAGAGAACAACAGACUGAGUUAACGUCACAUAUGAACAACUCUUCAGAUAAACUAUAACAUAAACAACAGAACAGAACAAGUUUAACAAACUCUCCAUCUCACUCCAAAUCACUAAAUCCAUUCAAUUCUUCAUCCUCGGUGUCACUUCUGAGCAACUCCACGACCUCCGGAGGUAAACAGACUCAGCAUCAGUUCCAGUUAGAAUUAUUUGGGUCUUUCUGAAUCCAGACAGGAUGGUUUCAGUGUCACUGAAGUCCAGACUUUGUCCAUCCAUCCAGUGACUUCAGGAAAGUUUCAUGAUGCAUCCUCCUGGUCACAAGUUUCUCUCUCACUCCAAACUUUCUUUCUGCUGCUCGAUUUCCAUUUUCAGCUGCAGAUUUCACGACUUGCAGUUUGUAAUCUGCAGAAUCUGAUUUUCUUUUUGGGGGCAUUUGUGUUCAGUCUUCUCAGUCGUCUUUAUAAGUUUAUUUAAAUGUUAAAAUGUUCAGUGGUGCAGAAGUAACGGUGCGAUCGACUGACAUGAUACAGACAGGACAGAGGCUCUUUCUGCAGGAGACAUGCGCAGUAGAGCCAAGUGUUAGUUCUGUUUUAGUCCUGGUUUAGACCUGAUGUAGACCUGCUUUAGUCUUAGUUUAGUUCUGGUUUAGACCUAGUUUAGUCCUGGUUUAUUCUUAGUUAAUCCUGUUUUAGAACUGAACCUGAUGUAGUCCUGUUUUAGUCGUGUUUUAGACCUGAUGUAGUCCUGGUUUAGUCUUAUUUUAGUCCUGUUUUAGACCUGAUGAAGUCCUGGUUUAGUCUUAUUUUAGUUCUGUGGUACAGGAGGAACAGGAGCAGCAGAUACUGACACACAAGACUAGAGCCUCUCCACACUUCACUGUCAACAUUUUAAUAUAUAAGUCACAGGAAACACACAAACCGUGAAAAAAGUGCGACUUAUAGUCCAAAAAAUACAGUAAACAUUUAUUCUUUUGGACGAUCCGGCUCCACCAGUCGUGGCGUCGGACUUUCAUCCACGUCUCUUUGGAUUUGUGAGCGGGAUGUGGGAGUGGGCUGAGGUAGAGCAGCCUCACACUCACUUUGUCUUCUUCCUCCUUCUCCGACACUCUUCCCUUCUCCUCCUCAGCCGACAGACGUAAAGUGUGAUGAGACAAUUCUCUAACUGCGGCGAAAUUAUCAUCGGAACCACCGCAGAAAAAGUUUGGAUCGUGUUUGUGUCCGUGGCGUAACGACAAACCACAGAAAAGCCGGUAACAGCUGAAGUGUUUUCUUCCAGUCGACGUCAAUAAAGACAAUUUAACGUGUUUUCCAAGUAAACCUCAAUUCAGAAUUGUAAACUAUUUUAAUUCCAAACUCUAUAAUUCAGAAUUAAAAAUCAUCAUGUAAACGUGGCCAGUGAGACAAAAACAAAAAAAAUAUGAACACUUUAUUUUAAGCUUCAGACAGGUCAAAAGCUCCAAAAAGCAAAAUCCGUCUCCUUCAUUUCUGGGCUGUGUUGUGAAUAUUGAACCAUUUGCACUUUUCUGCAAUCAGCAACCGUUACGAGAAUGUAAAAAUAAAAAAAAUAAAAAAACAGUUCGUAGACUCAUCGGAUGGACUUUGGGUGACACGGCGAGAUCUCUCCGGCGGUGACGGGGCAUCAGGCUUAACCGGGCUCGGAAAACGGAAGCUGCUUAGAAUUGCUUUACAAUUCAACGACGAAGUUUAGGCUGCUAAGAAUAGGGCAAUAGUGCAAUCAAGAGUAUAUUUAAGAGUGUUUAAGCGUUUCUAUGGAGACGGCGGAAAGGGGCGGAGACACGUACUUUAACUUGAAGGGAAAGGGAACAGCUUUUAUUGUGAAAGUCGUGCUGCCGCUUCAGUAAAAAAAAAAAUCCGGCUCGUGCUUCUUAGUUUUAUUGUAAUUUCAGCGGAGAUGGGAGAAAGAUUUGAUGGUUUAGUUUUGGUUUAAGUCCAGGUUUAGGACCAGUCUCCAACAAAAUCGAAUAUUUUUUAAUUUAAGAUUUCGUUUUAAAGACGCUGUACGUGAUUUUUACCGACUUAAAAACGUGAAAAACAGUUUGCAGUGGCCUUCAGUUCUUCUUAUGCAUUCAGACAAUCUAAAUUAUUCACCGUGAUGAGUUUUUAAGCGCGUGUUCCAACUUCCAGAGACUAAAGCGAACAACAACUAGCAUGCUAACACACACUUCCUGAUUCUCGGUCAAUAAAACGCUUCAGAAUUAGAUGCAGACAGAACACAGCGGAUUUAUUUGGACCUCAAGAGCCGAUUAUAAGAUAUAUAUCUGUACUGGGAACAGGCAUGUUUUACUUAAAGGUGCAUUGUGUAACUUUUCGGUUGGGGGUCCGUCACCUGCUUGUUUCCGUGGAGAUGUCGUUUCUCUGCCUGGAAUGUUCCACAGUGUGACUUUAAACAGCUCUAGGUUACAUUUAUUCCAAUACAGGUGGUUUUAUGGCUCAGAAAUACCAAGAAAAACAACACAACACAAACAUCACAACACAACACAUGCACACAGCAGAAUACACACAUGAACACAUGACAACACACCUCACAACACACACACAUCACAUGAAUACGACACACACACCAGAACACACACAUCACAACACGCACCAGAACAUCACAACACAACACAUGCACACACCAGAACACACACAUCACACACAUCACAACAUUACAAAAAAACACACCAGAACAUCACGACGCACACAUCACAACGCACACACAACGCACCAGAACAUCACAACACACGGCAUAACAGUACAACACACACAUCACAACAUUACAAAAAACACACCAGAACAUCACG